AUGUAUAGCAGCCCCCCCACGCUCGAGGAGAGGGACCAGGCACUGAGGGAGAGUGCCAGGGUCAUCAUUGUCAGGCACCCGUUUACCAGACUCCUGUCCGCCUACCGCGACAAGAUAGCCAAACCAAACCCACGUCCCAAGAAAUUCAAGUUUAAGGAGCUCCAGGCGUACAUAGUAUCUAAAUACCGGAAGGGUCCCAGUGCUAAUGCCUCGCCCAGUCCGACCUUCCCAGAGUUCGUACAACACGUGAUCGACUCCACGGAGAAUUUGUCGAGCGCUGCCGAGUGGAGGGAAAACGUUAAAUGCUGGACACCCUACUGGGCUCACUGCAACGUCUGUCACUUCGACUACACCGUCAUCAUGAAACUCGAAAGCAUGGAAAAGGACGAGCAGUUCCUCAUUACACUGUCUCAUCUCGACGAACUCAGGAAUAGAACCAGCUGGGUCCAUCUAAACGGCGCUUCAUCGUCUCAGCUGGCAAAGCAAUAUUACAAGGAAUUAACACGUCAUCAGAUGUCACAGCUUUACACACGUUACGAACUGGACUUCAAGCUUUUCCAGUAUGACAUAGAUGACUACUUGUCCAUUGCAAAGGACGCGUGA